AUCCCUUCGGUUUAUGCUGAAAGACGACGCCACUUAAGGAACGGAUGCAGCUUGUUACAAGAAAAGAAAUACGCCAAUCAACUGUUUACAGAGAACAAAACGGAGAUGCUACAGAAAUCCCAAGUUGUCAAUCAGCUGCUUACAAAGAACAAUAUGUGGAUGUUGCAGGAACCGCCACUGUUCUUUUGUCCUUCCUACAAAACCGGAACUACUUUCUGGGGAAAAACAAUGGACGUUUUGAGAAGGAAAGAUCCGAAUAUCUGCUCUCCCUUUCAGGUUUUUGAUAACUAUGAAUUACAAAAACAAUAUCUGUGGUCAAGCGAAAUGUUAAUGAACGCGUCGAAGUAUAAGGAUAUAAAUAAGAUUUUAGAGGAACCGUUAAAAUUUCUUUUUGUACGCAAUCCUUUUCACAGAGUUUUCUCAGUUUAUGUUGAUAAACUGCUCGCACCAAAUCCCUUUUUCUGGGACUUCGGAGCAGUUGCGAAAUAUAAAUUUAGGGAAGGUUAUGCCCGUGGUUCAGCUCAAUUCCCUGGAGAUCCAACCUGUGGCCAUGAUAUAACAUUUGAUGAAUUCAUAAAAAUGGUCCUGAUUUAUCGAAAAGAUAGACAUCUCAAACCAAUUUCAACAUUAUGUGAGGUUUGCCAAGUGCGGUACGACAUCGUGGGGAAGGUGGAAACGUUUGAACAAGACGUCCGGUAUAUACUACAAAAAACUGGGUCUUUGGGAAAUGCAAUACAAUUUAAGGACUUUCAAAUUGAAACAGCUGUCGAUACAAUACUCUACCAAGUGCAAAGAGCAUUCAUGCUCCAUGAGGAAUGGCGUAGGUGUCUUACUAAACACACUGGUAUGAAAAGGCUGUGGAGACAACUUCAAAUUUCGGGUCUUAUUGACAAACAUGAUGGUUACUAUCUUACAAGCUCUGAGAGUGAGAAGGUUGCUGUGGCAGAAUAUAUUAAUAUGGCUCUUGAAGCCUUUCAGAGGUCGUCUCACCACGCAAAGGAAAAUAAACACGAAGCCUACCUGCAAGCUUACAGUCAACUAUCUAUCGAGAAUCUGGAUCAUUUAAGGAUGGUAUACCUUAAUGACAUUAAGCUUUUUGGGUAUGAUGAUAGACCCAGAGAACUGUUUGAACAAAACCGAUCUGAUAAAUAUAAUUUUGACUUUUUUGAUCUAAUGAGAGAAUAACUAGUCUCGAAAUCGUAUUUUGCGAGAGUUAUUUCAAAUUAAGGAGAGGAGUUGGUAUGAAGGUUGCUUUGAACAGUGUUUCACCUAUAUCAUCGCAUUUGAGCCUAAUAUGAGAGGAGACCUGUGAAGAUCCGGGGUAGAAUAGCAGUGGAAAAUGAUGCGAAAAACGAGUAGACGUAGGGCUGAUGAGCUCCAGUUCAAAAUUUCUUAGUCAAAUAAAUCCCUUGUGGGGAAUAAAAUACGCAUUGUCGGGAUGAUAUUUGUGGACUAUCUAUUGGAUCUAGUGACAAACUUUCGAUGGAUCACUAAU